AUGCUUCUUUUUCCGUUCAGAAAAGUGAGAUUAGGGUCCCGAUGUAGCCUGCCCAUAUGCUGUCCAAGACGACUCUCUGGAACAACCAAGGUAGCUAACCAGAGAGUAACCAAUUCCACAGUAGCUCCAGAGCUGCUCAACACAAGAGGUAAGAAAUUGAAGCCUCAAAAGACCCAGAUUGUGAUCUUGGGACCCCGGGAAGCGGGUCUGGUGAAAAACCGUAAAAGAACUCCGGCCUAUUUUCAGCGCGGUGAUGGCCAAAAAAAUCGGGAAAACCGUCUCAGUGCGCUACAAGGCGUCGAAUUCGACCACGCAAGAUCAGAUACGUCACCGGCGGACGUAGCGCAAGAAAUUGAGUCCCAACGGCUGAAAUUGCUGGUCUUCAAGAAUAAUGUGCCCAAAGAACAGGUCAUCAAGUCGAUCCACGAUUUGACACCGGGAUCUGAUGCACAACUUAUGUCUGUAAAACGCUACGAGCAACUGCGAUCGCUGUUAGACCUUGCAUACACCCUCCCGCAGCUUAGAGAAUACACCAAGCAAUAUCACCAAUUGCCUAUUGCGAAAUCCACGCCGAAAAAAGCACUUAUUUUAACCAUCCUAAACAGACUUUGGAGGUGUCAAAUCAACCAAUCGGAAAGCGAGAGUAAUGACCUCCUAGUGGAGCGGAUCGUAGACGUACAAACAAGAGACAUCUAUCUGUUGCUGUUGACCAACAACGGUAAGAUUCUUCAGAAUUUCGCGCGUCUUGGAGCAACCGUUGCGGUGGCUCUCGGUGAAAAUAAGAUCAUUGUUCGUGCCACCAAAUCGCUGGUAAAAUACGUCGAGGUAUCGUUGCGCAAAAUCCUUGAUAAUGUGCAGCGUGAAAUCAUGUCUGUAGACGACUUGAUUAAAGAUCACAGUUAUCAAGGCGUUAAGCCGAUUUCUCCAGCUGUUCUUGCGAAUCUUGUUCAAAAGGAGAGUGCAACGUUCUUUGAGGAGUUGUCCGACGAGAACCCGGGCACUUACGCUAUCACUAGUUUCGGCACCAAGCGUAUAAGGCGCGCGAAGAACCUACUAUUAUGGGCACUGGAAUACAGCCCACAGGUCUCUGAGACCGUGAAGUUUUUUGGUGAGCAGGACCAGUCUCACUACAUGGCAUUCCCAUUCACAGAGAUUGACGGUUUGGAUUGGAUACGAAGAAAAAGCGAUUGGUUUCGCUUGCAGAGACCCAUCGUAAAAGGACCUUCGCAGAUAGUCGAAACUAGUCCGGGCUCUUCAGUUUUCACGGAAAAGAAACUAGAUGAGCUCUACCAGGAGAUAGCGGGAAGCACUGCAACGAAUCUUAUACCAGAUUUCAAGAGUGAUGUAAGUGCAAAGACGUGGAGCGUUACAUUAGGCCAAAUUUUGACAGAUGAAAAACAGCAGUCUACUAUUUUUCAGCCGAAAGUAAGCGGUAUCGUUCACAAAUUGAUGCAGCUACCACUUUAUGACGACAUAGCCACCCAAGACGAGCUGUACACUGUUGAUCAACAUGAAUAUUACGUUCAAUUAAAGCUUAUUCCCAAAACUGACAGUUCGUUGCAUGCAAGGAACAUUCCGCCUUUGGAAAUGUGGUUCGAACUUGACGACGACGACAAAGCCAUCAACAGUUCUCUGCGAUGCCUGCUGCAUACUGAGGACAGGAAUCUGCUUUUGAAGACUCCUCAUUUAUCGCAUGAUUUGAAAGUCACGAUGGAUCGCACGGUCGAAGUGGCCAGACCGUAUGAUGAAGCCCCACACAGCUGGCUGGAAGACCAACCUGGUUUGAAGGAGUUUCUCCUUCGGGCUCGUCUCACAUUUCAAGAGGGCGAAAAACUGUCAGUGCCUAAGCAGCUGACAUUUAAUCUGCAUUUUAAGGAUGGUUUGGCUCCGGAACCAGUUGUUUUUGAAUACGUGAACGUAAGAUAUCACCGCAUUUUGAAAAUGAAGCUCGACGACAAGUAUCUAGCGCAGUUUUCGGACAUCAACGGUGGAUCCCGCGGUGGUCGCUUCAAACAAAUAGAUUUCGUCAAGCCUGAUGGUGGAGAAAUCACUCGCCAAGAGUUUGGUCAGUUAAUCACCCGAGUAGCCGAUUUCAUGGUAGGACCUGUAGAUAAACAUUAA